AGUGAAGAUUCAAUCAUUCGUGAAGCUGAAAAGUAAAUAGUAAUAUAUACGUCCUUUUACAUUUAUUUACAAUUGUUAAUAACUGAUAAGUAAACAUGGUCCUUCGAGGAAAAAAGAACGGCACUAUGGCGGAAAAUUAAAAUAAAAACGUUUAAAAAGUGAAUAGUGGAAAUUCUUGGCGUACGGUAAAACAAAUUAAAAUCAAAGCGGUUCAAAAAUAGUGGAAAUUCUUGGCGUACGGUAAAACAAAUUAAAAUCAAAGCGGUUCAAAAAUAGUGGAAAUUCUUGGCGUGCGGUAAAACAAAUUAAAAUAAAAACGUUUAAAAAGUGAAUAGGGGAAAUUCUUGGCGUGCGGUAAAACAAAUUAAACCCAAAACGGUUAAAAAGUGAAUAGUGGAAAUACAUACAUAUACAUAGAUAAAAACAGUUACAACUUUUACACAGAAGAUAAAGAUUUUCGGAAAGGUGCAGUGACAAAGUGAACACAUAUACACAUAUAUUAUGCAAUCGUAAAAAAAAAAAAAAAAAAAAAAAAGAAAAAAAAAACCGACAAGUGAUUCGGCUGAUAGCGCGGCGUGUAGCAGAUUUCCACAUAAAUUUGUGUACUUAUUUUUCUGCAAAGGCAAACAGAAGCAGUUCACUUGUAAAAUCAAUUAGUUUUUACAAAUACGUAGAAAACGAAAACGUAUUGCAACAAAUUUUUAUUUUACGAAGUGGAAACAUAAAGAGUCACAUAUACAGUGCAUACAGAUUACAACAACAUUUUUUAAUAAAUUCCAAAGCAAAUGAAAAUGGUGUAAAUGUGAAGUGAAAGAAUAUAACAAAAAGCAACAAAGCAAAAGCAGUGAAGAUUUUGUAUGUGACUAGUUUCUCCAAUGUUUUCUGCCCCCUUACCUAUUAUUGGUGUUGGAAAAUAAUUAUCGAUAUUAAUGUGAAAUAACCCUGCAAGACGGGUAGCUGUUAGCAAACGUGGAAAUAUUGAUACUAUACGAUCAAAAAACAAACGGGCGUGCAACUAACAUAUAAUGGAAAGAAACUCAAUCUAAACGGGCGCGGAAAAAGAAAAAAAAAAAAAAAACAGUAAAAUAAAAUAAAAAUAAAUAAUAAAAGUAAUUAAAUACAUCAAACAACAAAUACACCGGACCCAACCUGCGAAGACAAGAGGAGGACAUCAACCCCUAUAUGGAAACAUUUACACCCCCCAAAAUCGAUAUGGAUACACCGGUAACCCCCACGCCAACUCUCCGGUCGGCUGUUACUGUGCCUCGCUCCGGAACUGUCCCAGUAGCAGCGCCCCGAACCAACACGGCAGCAAGGGCGCCAACCGUGGCACGAAGCUCAACACGCGCAUCACCGACGCCGGCGCCUCCGAAACCGCAACGCACCAGAUGUCCGCUCUGUUGCCGCUCUCAUAGGCUGCAGCAUUGCUCUAUAUUCAAGGGGAUGUUACCCGUACAACGCCAGAAGGUGGCACAGGCACAUGGCCAUUGUUUAAACUGCUUGGCCCAGUCACACGCCACGCUGGAAUGCGAAUCCGAUACUUUGUGCCGGUUGUGUGCAAGACCGCAUCAUACGUUACUCCACCGGAACGCCGGAGAUCCUGGCUCACCAACUGUACUCCGCCGCCGUACGGCCCCCCGACGAUCGCAGCCUAACCGUGUGGCACGGCAACCAGAAGCGGGUUGGUCCUGGCGCCCCCUCAAUACGACCUCCACGCGCAGCCAAAUAAGGCCACAACCUCACCGCCCCACCGGCCUGAGCGGCGUUGUAGCUACGUUACAGGCACUACAGCGUCUACUAGGCUAGUACUCGCCUAGGGGGGGCAGGAUGUUGAGAUGAGCUCCAGUCACCCGAACUAAUUCAACUCAAGGGCAUCACCGAUCAGUGAAUACAACACUCUCCACAUCGACAUGUUUAUUAGAAAAAAAACAGGGCAUCACUGACCAGUGAAUACAACACUCUCCACAUCAACGCGUUAACCAAACGGUUUUUGUUCCAGUUUUCAUCUUAUACCAACGAGAAGGUGACGCUGUGCUUUUUUUCGUUCUACACAGUUCGAGAAGUCACGUUAGCCGCUACACACGCGCCCGCACCGUCUUUUUAAAAACCAUUUUUGAACUUUGUAAUUUUGGCAUCCUCCGGUCUUUUUAUAUAAAUAAUCGAGUCGUUCGGCGUUUGUAACAUUUCAUUUUUACCU